UUCUCCCAGUUUGGUGUAACCUCAAACAAAAAAGCAUUGGCAAUUUUAGUAUUUUUGGUGGGAAACGAAUGAAAGUUAAAAAUUUUUGUAAUGGGUGUAGUUUACAAUGCCUGAAUUUUCAAUAUUUUCAAAAAAUCUUGAACCGAUGGGAAAAAAUCGGUUGUUAGAGCUUUUGACGUUGUUGAAAAUUGAUGAUCCAAACUGGAUUGACGAAAAUCUUUGGAAAAAAUAUCGUGAUGCCAUUCCAAGUGUUCCGGCAGUGACGUGGCCUAAGCUAUUUGACUAUUUUCAAAAUGAAAAAAGUCGAAAUAGUGGAGAACCCCUGCAAGUUCAAAAAGAAGUUAUUGCUGCAAUGGAGCAGAAUCUGGAUAACAAAUGGUUUAGGGACUUUAGUGGGUUAGAGCUGACAAGCAUCACAGUCGUGCUGAAAGCCAAGGGGACAGCAUCACAAACAUUAAGUACAACGUACUAUCCUUGGGUAGCCUGUGCUAAGGACGGCAUGGUUCAAUUUGCUCAUUGCACAUGUCCAGCAGGUCUAGGUGAAAUGUGCACACUUGUCGCAACCCUUUUGCAUGCAGUGAUAUCAGCUCAUGAAGUUAAGACGAACACUAGUUGCACAGAAGAAAAAUGUGCUUGGAUAGACAACACUUCAAAGCCGGAAUGUUUCAGUAGAGUUGGCAUUUUCGGUACGCAACUAAAGCCGGUAACGUCACGGUCAUCGUUUAAAAAUCCAACACAAGAACAGAUAACAAGGGUUCGAAAGAGACUUGCUGAAAUGAAGAAACCUGCUGCCAUAGGUGCUCUCGAUCCAGACAAUUAUAGUGAUUACAUACCAGAAGCAGCGAAAAAUCCACCACCACCUUCUUUCAAGAAUCUUUUUAGGAAACAUUUGUCUCAGGCAACAUACGAGACUGUGUUAAAUGUGUGCAAAGAUGCAAUACCCUCCCUAUCAAUCAACAAAGAUCAGUGUGCAAUUAUAGAGAACCUCACACGUCAACAAAGAGAGAGCAAAUAUUGGUCAACGUACAGAGUUGACAGAAUCUCUGGAUCAACAUUUCAACAAGCUAUUUCUGCUAAUGUUGAAAAACCUCCGUAUUCCUUGAUCAAGAAAAUCUGCUAUCCCGCUGCAUCAGGAUUAACCCUGAAGAAAUUUGAAAAGAAAUCCUCUUUGAUGCCACCGUCCUUAAAAUGGGGAAUCGAAAACGAGCAAAUUGCAAGAGAGUCAUUUCUGAAGAAGCUUAGUGAUGAAGGACACUAUUCACCGUUUAAAUAUUCCGAUUGUGGUUUCGUCAUUUCAAAGGAAUAUUCUUUUAUUGGUGCAAGUCCCGAAGGAGUGAUAACUUGUCGUCAAGGCAAAUUUGUCAUCGAAAUUAAGUGUCCUUACUCCCACCGAAACGAAACAGUAGAACAUGCGGCUUUAAAUGAUUCAAACUUUAUUCUUUCGAAAGACCCAAAUACCGGUGAACUAGUCAUAAAACAAACUCAUCAAUACUUUUUUCAAAUCCAGUAAGAAAUGUUUGUUAUUGGCGCCUCGUCAGCUUUUUUGGUGAUUUAUUCUUUGAAAGACAUUUUUUACUGUUUGAUUCCUUUUUCAAGUUCCUUUAUAGAGCGUAACCUUCCAUCAGCUCGUUUGUUUUGGGAAAAAUGUAUUUUGCCAGAGUUAUUUGCCUGCCACUUCACUAAUCAGAAAAAAACGAGCAACUUGUCUUUGACUGACAUCAGUAACACGGAAAAUGCGUACUUACCUUGCUUUUGUUGUACAAUAAAAAAAGACGAGGAAAUUGUUUUGUGCAGUGUGUCCACUUGUUUGAGAAAAGUAUUUCAUAGAAGUUGUGUUCUAAGUCAUUUGAAUUUAAAACGAAUUUAUAGUUCAUGGAAGUGUGAUCUCUGUACAAAAGCCAUGUCAAAAAAGGAAAGUGAAGAAAAACGUGUGCUAAAAAACAAAGUUAUUAAUUAAUGGUUUCCCAUCAA